GCGCUGAGCCGAGAAGUCUGAGACCGAGGCUGCCACAGCCUAAGCAGGUCAGGGAGAGAAAGAAGGCGUGAGGCCGCAGCUGAAGUGGGGCAGGAAAGAGAAGGGAGCUGAGGCCCAGGCUGAGUGUGCACAGCUGCCUCUGAAGAUGGAGGUCAUGGGUGGACAGGCCCCUGCCGGGGCUGGAGGUCUGGCAGCCGUAAACAUGGGGCCUGAAGCCCUCAUCCUGGCUGUGGCAGUGGCUGGAGCUGGAGGGGGGCCGUCGCCUACGACCGGGAGCGGAUCGAGCCCAGAGACCGAUACAUGGACAUGGACAUGGACUUGGAAGGGGGAGUGGUCAGGGCAGGAUAUAGCACUAGGCCCCACGUUGGCCGCUCUGUUGCUGCUAUACGCUGCGUUGUGGGCUAGUGUAGUAGAGCUGAGAUGGAGGGUCCUGGAUCUGGCUCAGCAGCAGGAAGAGGAACCAGACCAAGAGGCAGGGGCAGACGAAAGAGCAGAGACAAGGGCAGAGGCAGAGGCAGUGGCAGAAGCAAAGGAGGUGCGGGAGCGGGAGACUGAGCAGGAGCCGGAGCUCAAACAUAAGCGAGAUGCAGCACCCGAGAUAGAGACGGAGUCUGAGGCCGAGGCAGAGGCAGAAGCAGAGCUGGAGGAGCUCCGGGAGCCUUCGGGUGCUUGGGGCCCAAAGGAGCCUGCAUCUUUAUGUGAGAUCGGGCCCUGGACCAAUGUGCCUGUACUGGGGGUGGGUGCCCGCCCUGUGGGACUAGCCGGUGUAGUGGUUGCUGUCCGCUCGGGUCUGGUGCUGAAACUGACGACAUUGCACGCAAGAGCAGGGGGUUUGCUGCUGUCCCGCUCACAGCAAGUGAUCUUCGAUGAGGGCAGCAUUCGUUCCCUGCGUCCUUUGGGAGUGGAUUCGGUCCGCAUGAACAACUGCUGGAACAAAGGACGCUUCUUCCCUCGGCUAGGAGCCUUCCAAGAGCACCUGCUUAACCUACUGCAGCAGGAGGCUCGCCAAGCAAGGACCAACAUUCUCGUCUUCCUGGACAACAAGGCAAUGAAGAAAAUCUACCAUUGGGUUUUCAAUGCCUACAAAAUGGAUGGCAAUCCAAAAGUGAGUGGCUUGUCACUCCAGCAGCUCCUUGAGAUUUUGCUGUCUUGUAAGAAGAUCACAGCUACCUAUAUUAAGAGGAACAACAUUGCUGUCAUGGUGGAGGGAGAAGAUGCACAUCUUCUCAACUUUGAUACUGGGUAUGGUGUGAAUCUUGGACAGAGGGGCCUGGAAUCAAGUGAAGAAUUAGCCACCAACAUGGCAACAGCUGGGGAUCCCAGAGAUGUUUUCCAACCUUUGUCAGCUAACACUAAAAAGUCCAGAGAAAUUGUUGAAGAUCCUAAAAGUGAUGGGCUCUUUGGUGCUCACUUUGAGUAAAAAGGAGCAAGGAGAACAGGUCUUCCAUAAAGGGCAGAUCUAUCUAGCCAAGAUUCUUGCAAAAUUCUCCAAAGUUAGUCAAAAUGCUACUAGUGAGUAAAAGGUGUUAUCAUGGUUCCAUGCCUUUAAAUGCAGGCCAAAAGAAAAAUGAGUUAUAAAAUAUAAGAUUCCAAUGAACUGUCAAGUUCACACACAGGAAGAAAACACACAGACACACACACACACACACACACACACACACACACACACACUCCACUGUUCUACUUAGUAUUCACUGGGUUACCUAGGGAUAAAAAAAAAUGCAGCAUUUGAUCCCUUAGGAUUUUCACAAGAAAAAGUGAGGUACUAGGGUCUGUCCCCCCCAUGCUUGUAAAGGUAUCAUCUUAGAAUGUCAGAGUAGGAAGGGAUCUUUAUAACAUAGAAAACAGAAUGUGAGAACUGGGAGGGACCUCAGAACAUAGUAUAGAGGAUGCCACAUUUUGGAGGGAUCUUAGAGAGGUUCCAUUAGAGAAGUCUGCAGUUAGCUUUAGUGUCUCUCUUCAAAUAUGUGCCAAAAUAAGGAAUGGAGACUGUACUUGUGUAUCAAUUCCCUUCAUGAAUGCACUAUGAGUCACCCCAUUAGAGAAAUGUUGAUUGUGUAUGAUCCUAUAAAAAAUGUCCCUCUCUAAUGCAUAGUUAUUUAAGUGAUAUUAUUGUUUCCUAUAUAGUAUAUGAAUA